GCAAGCGUCGUCAGGCAGGCCGGGUCAAUAUCAAUUGGGCAGGUAGGUACAGGGGGAGCAAGCAGAGAAUGGUCGGGGUCACAGGCCAGGGAUCAGAGCAGGAGAAGUCAGCAGCAGUUCAGAUCAGGCAGGGUCAGCAAAGGGACAGAAACAGGAUGCAGGACAGAUACAGGGCCCAGGACAAACACACCAAGGCAGAGUCUGUGGGUCUGGCCAUCCCUUAAAUACCCCAGCAUCAUCAGUUCCAGGUGUUAGCUGGCUGAAAGGUUGAGUCUCUGAUUGCUGGGAGCACCCGCUGGCCAGCCCUGGUACUGCAGAUCAAAAGGCAGGUGAGUCCCACCAUUGCUGGCCAGUCCAUUCCUGACAG